AUGCUGGUCUCUUGGGUCACAUUUAUUCAAGCGUUCCUAAUAUUGCUGGUGAAAGGAGCCGACCAAUGGAGCCUCCGGGAGUCGUCUAACUGCGAGCUCAAUAAGAAACAAAGUGAUCUGAACUCUUUCCUGUGGACCAUCAAACGUAACCCUCCGUCCUACUUCUACGGCACGAUCCACGUCCCUUACACGCGCGUCUGGGACUUUAUCCCAGAGAACUCCAAGAAGGCUUUCCAGGAGAGCAACAUGGUUUACUUGGAGCUGGACCUGACUGAUCCCUACACCAUCUCAGCCCUGACCAGCUGCCAGCUCCUCCCCCAGGGGGGGACACUACAGGAUGUUCUACCCAGAGACAUCUACAGACGCCUCAAGAGGCACUUGGAGUACGUCAAGCUCAUGAUGCCAUCGUGGAUGACUCCUGACCAGAGGGGUAAAGGCCUCUACGCUGACUACCUGUUUAAUGCAAUAGCGGGGAACUGGGAGAGGAAGAGGCCUGUGUGGGUGAUGUUGAUGGUGAACUCGUUGACGGAGGCGGACAUUAAGACGAGGGGGGUCCCGGUGUUGGAUCUGUACCUGGCUCAGGAGGCAGAGAGGAUGAGGAAGAGAACAGGAGCUGUGGAGAAGGUGGAGGAGCAGUGUCACCCGCUCAACGGACUCAACUUCUCUCAGCCCUCCUCCAACCCCCAACCCUCCUCCAACCUCCAGCCCUCCUCCAACCCCCAACCCUCCUCCAGCCCCCAGCCUUCCUCCAACCCCCAGCCCUCAUCCAACCCCCAGCCCUCAUCCAACCCCCAGCCUUCCUCCAACCCCCAGCCCUCCUCCAACCCCCAACCCUCCUCCAGCCCUCAGCCCUCCUCCAACCCCCAGCCCUCAUCCAACCCCCACCCUCCUCCAACCCCCAACCCUCCUCCAGCCCCCAACCCUCCUCCAACCCCCAGCCCUCCUCUAACCCAAACCCUCCUCUAG